AUGGUGCUCGAGGGUAACCUCCCGUUACUUGAAUUCUUCUGGCCGAUGGAGUUGAAGUCCUUGAAGCUAGAGUACCAAGCAGACGACAUGGAAGACGGAGAAGAGGGUCUCACAGUGUUGAUGCUGCGCAACCGCACGGCGUUCGAGAAGCUGGCGGGGCACUCACCAAACGAUGAAAAGCCUUCAGGUGCGAAAAUACUAAAUUUGGAUAAAUGCAAACAGAGAGAUAUCCAUGCGACACGUUCGUUGCCUAUUGGCGGGUAUGGCUUUGACCGACCUUACGCCGUUACGAUCGCGCGUGAAUGCCGCCAUUCUCUCGCGCCGCAUGUUUACGCCACGGUUCGGUAUUGGUAGGUGGCAGCCCUACGAGAAGAAAACAUUCAAGCGGAGGCGGUGAUGGUGUCGUCGACGAAAUCGAUAGCAAGAGGCCGAAGGUCGAAGACUCGAAGGAAGAUUGAACGCCGGCGGGUAGACUCGAAGAAGGUUCCACUUGACGGCAGUGCCUUGGACCGUUCAUUAUCCUACCCUCCAGGGAGCCUGCGCCCGGAAACCAUUGUGAUGCCAUGGGCACGAUUGAACGUACACAAGGGAGAACAGCUGCACCAAUCGGAAUCGCAUUUCAGCGUCAUCGCGUGCGAGAGACAGCACACGUAUCCUGGCAUGAUUGUUUUUCGAUGAAGGCACCCCGCCACGGCUCCUCUGGCCUCUGCCACUACUGUUAUGGUAAUUGGACACCACUGUUUUGUGC